CUUACUCGGUUACUCCAUAUAUAUGUAUUCUGUUUUCCGGUUCACUAUUAGGGUUUCAACUUUCAAUAUAUGGCAGAGCUUGGUUAUGGCGAUUUGGUUGAGCUGAUACUCGUAAGAUUGGACGUGAAGGAUCUGAUCCGUUUCAAGCGGGUGUGUAAGUCAUGGCAUUCUUUAAUCACAAGUCCUCGUUUCUUUUUGAAAAUAAAGCUCGUUCAUGCUUAUGUGGUUGAGCAGAUACUCGUAAGAUCAGAUGUGAAGGAUCUGAUACGUUUCAAGAGAGUGUGUAAGUCAUGGCAUUCUUUAAUCACAAGUCCUCGUUUCGUUAACCAGCAUCUGAACCUUAGUCGCAACAAAGAUCGCUGCAACAAUGAACUUGUCCAUAGAAGAAUUACUUGUGAUCAUCUUGUUGGUUCUUCCAAUGGCUUAGUUUGUAUGACUCCUGAAAAUUAUUCCAAAGUUAUAGUAGUCAAUCCGUUGACCAAAGAGGCAAGACAACUGAGUUCACUCCCCUCUCGUUUACAAGCAUGUUGGGGUUUUGGUUAUGACGCAUUCAGUGACGACUACAAGGUUAUCGCAGGGGCCAAGAAAGGCUAUUAUAAAACAUGUCUUCAAGUGCUGAGUUUGAAAUCAAAUGUUUGGAGAUCAAUUGGAGAAGUGAAGUAUAGAUUUUAUACUAAGAUUGGUAUCUUAUGCAAUGGUGCACUUCACUGGCUUGCAGUUGAUUAGGGGUGUUCAAAAAACUCGUGGCUCGAAGCUCGCUCGAAAAAAGCUCGAAGAAAGCUCGGCUCGAAAU